AGCUGCAGUGUAUUGAAGUAUGGACCUGUUCAUCAGUGUGGUUAUGGAGCAGGCUUCAGACUCUGUGUCACAAGCAGCAGCCUCUCAUCAUGGACUGGAAAAACUGAAGAAGAUGCCAUUCCAUCAUGUGACUGCUGGCUUGUUGUACAAAGGGAAUAACUACUUGAACCGAUCACUUUCCACAGGAAGUGAUAGCGAGCAGCUUGCCAACAUCUCAGUGGAAGAACUAGAUGAAAUUCGAGAAGCCUUCCAUGUGUUGGACCGAGAUGGGAAUGGUUUUAUUUCAAAACAAGAGCUUGGCAUGGCAAUGCGAUCGUUGGGUUACAUGCCUAGUGAAGUUGAGUUAGCCAUCAUCAUGCAACGCCUUGACAUGGAUGGUGAUGGUCAAGUGGAUUUUGAUGAAUUUAUGACAAUUCUUGGUCCUAAACUUGUAUGCACAGAAGGUCGGGAUGGAUUUCUUGGAAACACAAUAGAUAGUAUAUUUUGGCAGUUUGACAUGCAACGGAUAACACUGGAGGAACUAAAGCACAUUCUUUAUCAUGCAUUUCGUGAUCACUUAACAAUGAAGGACAUUGAAAACAUAAUCAUUAAUGAAGAGGAGAGUUUAAAUGAAAACUCUGGAAACUACCACACAGAGUUUGAAGGAGUACAUUCCCAGAAGCAAAACAGGCAAACCUGUGUACGGAAGAGCCUUAUAUGUGCAUUUGCCAUGGCCUUUAUUAUAAGUGUCAUGCUGAUUGCAGCCAAUCAGAUCCUUCGGAGUGGCAUGGAGUAGUUUUUUUUUUUAUUUUACCAUAGCACUGUGAACAAGAAUAACCAUGCAUGCGCAUGCCUAGGUGAACAUUUUUCUUAAUGAAUAUAUAAUGGGAACUGCUGCGAGAACAAUCGUUCUGCAACAAUACAAGGCCAGCAGUUGUGAAGUGGCUUGUGGAACAAUUGAAUCUUCUCGGCGGGGAUACAAAAGGGCUGUCUUAAUGCUUUAACGGUUUUGUUUCCAAAUGCAAUAAACCCACAGGAGUUCUGAAUUAUUACUUCAAAGU